AUGCUGGCCGUUGGGGCGCGAUCUUCGGCAGCCGUGGAGACCUCAUCCCCUCUGAGGGCGUUCUCGUCGGUGAAGUCCUGCCUGCCGUUCAACGUGCUGCUGCAGCCCACAGAGGGCAACGCCACAAUCGACAUCGAUGCUCCGAGCGCUGUGGCUGACGCGCUCAGCGCGGAUGUCGCCGAUGGCGAGCUGGUGCUGUCGUUGGGCGCCGACCUGGCCCUGGACGGGCCGGCAAAGGUCAGGGUGGCGGUGCCUUCUGGAUCGCUGGAGGCUGUGGCGAACACCGGCCCCGCCACUGUGCUGCUGGACGCGUUUGCCGAGCAGGAGAUCGCCCUGACGAAUGAAUUCACUGGGAUGGUCGCGGCGGUCGGGGGGCGGUUCCAAUCCCUCAAGGCCUUCGCCAUCGG